AUGAAUCAACGAACGACUGCUGCAGUUCGAACACCAGCCGGAUGUACAACACUGUUUCAGGAGUUAACUGGAGUAAGACAAGAGCUAUUGGCAGGACCCUUCCUGCUCAAUUUCGCCAUCGACGACAUUAUGCGAAGAACAGUAGAUCAGUGUCCUGCCGAUAUCAUUCUAGCACAAUCAGGACACCCGAUCUCGAGUACGUUGACGAUGUUGAUAUAUUCGCGGAAAGCAGUACGAAACUUCAACAUGUUGUCAACCUUGUACCGAAGUUGGCUGCAGCUUAUUGAUUACGUCUAUGCCCUGUUAAAUGCAAGCAGAUGUGGAUCUUUUCGAGACCUCGAACGGGAAUCGGAGUGGGUGAACAACCAAUCAAACUCGUCGAUGAGUUCUGUUACCUGGGCUGUAUGUUGA